UCCUCAGUGGUAGGUGCCAAUGAAAGUAUGAAAAAUUAUGUCAGGUUUCCUUUGCCUGAUCUGUAAACAUGUCCACAGACCUGCUAUGGUGUGAGGAUUGCGGUAAAAGCCUUAUAGGAGAAUGCAAACUCCACGGACCACUCAUCAGGGCUAAAGAUAGGGUUAUUCCUAGCCGAGCCCGUCUCACCCUACCUCAUUACCUCACUUUGCGAGUGUUGGAGCUGCGAGCUGGAAACCAGCAGAUCCUUGGAGUAUUUGCAAAGAAAGUAAUACAGAAGAGAACACAGUUUGGUCCUUACGUUGGUCAACUGUCUACAAAACUGACCCGCUAUGAUGAGAGCAGGCUAGUCCUGCAGGUAUUGAAAGAUGGAGGGAAGUACUUUCUGGACACUCCCAAUGAAGACUGUGGAAACUGGAUGAUGUUUGUCCGGCUAGCCCGGAACCAAGAAGAGCAGACCCUUGUGGCUUAUCAGCACUGUGGAGAAGUCUACUUCACAACUGUUAAGCCAAUUGAACCCCACACAGAAUUGAAAGUAUGGUAUGCUGCUGAUUAUGCCAAAUUUAUGGAAGCUUCUGCAGUCUUCAUUAAAGAAGAAUCUGAUGUCUGUCCUUUGCCCCCAGUAGCAAAAGAGCCUGUAGACCCUUGGAUAUGCUCCAGCUGUAGAAGCACUUUUGCAACUUUUGCUCUGCUGGAAUCUCACCAGUGCAUCCAUAAAGACCGAGUCCUUACCACCAGGUUCAGACCGCCAAAUAAAUUGGGACCCGUAAAAGCAAAAAGCAAACUCAAAGGGAAACUGAGAGGAGCGGCAUUAGGCAAAAGCAUUGCUCAGUGCUUUGGGACCCUUUCCUGUUCCUCUGCUGCAAAGCUUAGCUGUGCCAGCUCAGGAAGCACGUGUGAUGCUCUUGUGAGGUUUAUACCUAAAUGGAGAAACAGCCGGUCUUCACUGUUGAAGGGAAGAGAAGUGAAGCAGCCAGACAGUUACCCUUGCCGACUCUGUGGGAAGAUAUUUGAUUCCAUUGACAAGCUCACAGUCCACACUUACGCGCACAAAGGGGAGCGCCCCUACAAGUGUUCACAGCACGGAUGCGCAAAAGCCUUCAUUUCCAAAUAUAAACUGCUCAGGCACUCAGCCACUCAUUCUCCACAGAAAUCUCACCAGUGUGGCUACUGUGAAAAGACCUUUCACAGGAAAGAUCAUCUAAAGAAUCACCUUCAGACUCAUGACCCUAACAAGAUGGCCUUCAAAUGUGAAGAGUGUGGCAAGAAGUACAACACCAAGCUAGGCUAUAAGCGACACUUGGCUCUUCAUGCAGCCACCAGCGGGGACCUUACCUGUAGGGUAUGUGCCCAGGAGUUUGGUGGUACUGAAGUUUUGUUGGAACACCUCAAAAGCCAUGCAGGGAAACCAACUGGCAAUACGAAGGAAAAGAAACAUAAGUGUGACCACUGUGAGCGUCAUUUCUAUACCCGUAAAGAUGUGAGGCGCCACAUGGUAGUUCACACAGGCUGCAAAGACUUUCUAUGCCAGUUUUGUGCCCAAAGGUUUGGGCGGAAGGACCACUUGACUCGCCAUACUAGGAAGACUCAUCCACAAGAACUGCUGAAGAGCAGGUUGCAGAAUGGUGACUCAGUGGGUCUCCUUGACCAGCUUUUUCCAUUCAGAGUGAAGGAAGAUGCCAGCAUACUGUCCCCUUUUCCUGAAAGGGUCUCUGUGCAGAAUGGGAUUUUGAAUAGUUCAGAAUCAGAGGAAUACAACCAUUCACAUCUUCAUUCCCAGCCAAGCUUACAAACUGCUCUUCCUCUUGAACCUUCUCCUCAUUUGCAAAGGAUGGGCUGCACAGACAGCCUUCCAGCUGUCCAUCCCACAUCAUGCUCAACAGCUGUUCCUGCCAACGUGAACCUUCAUCAGCCUAAUAAAUAUGACCUUAGUUCUACCUCAUUUGCAGCAGGAUGCCUUAAGAAUCUACCAAUAAAAGUGGAUGUUAAAGGUUACAACGUGCAUCUUCUUGAGGACCUGCCAUUACCAGAACCUCAAUCUCUCCAUAAAAUCAGUCUCGAAGAAGCUUCCUCAGGGCCUGUAGGGGAUACUAACAAGUACCCGGUGCACAAGGAGACAGAGGCAGCAGCUGAAACUACAAGCCUGCCUUUCAUGGAUCUCACUCAUGUGAUGAGUUUCUGGCAGCUCCCACCAGGUGACAACCAGAACACUACUGGGGACAUCACAAUGGCAUUUGGUCCAGAGGAACCAUCACACAGGCUGAAUGGCCUCGGCCAACAGCAAGGUCUUCAGCUAGCAACUGGUGGGAUGGCCAUAAACCAGCUGCAUCAUCUUCCCCGCUCCUUUCCAUCCACUACAAAUUCUGUAACGUUGCCUCAUUUUCACCAUGCCUUCAAAUAACUCUCACCGUGUUUGGGGUUUUUUUCCUUCUUUUUUUAAGACUGUGCUUCUUUCUUAAUCUCUUAGGAUGGGGUGGUUUUGGUUUGAUUUUAAGAAAAACUGCCCCAAAUGUUUUCAAAGCACGUUAUGAACAUGGUAGUUAAAUUCAUGAUGUUAAUAAACAAGAAGGUCUAUUUUUCAUACUACUAUUAGUUUUUUAGCAUAUGACAGUAGUAGAACUAACAUAUUUCCCUCAACACCUUCUAUAUUUUUGUUCCUUACCUUUCAUGCAAACCACUGAAUAAAUCUCUUCAGUGAUAGCAAAGCAUCAUAACAGACACAAUAAAACUAUGGCUGCUGCAGUAGGGGAAAUAGGGUUAGGGGGAAUGGGAAGAAGAGGGAAAUCACAGAAAAAUAAUUUUAAUGAGCCAAAAAUCACAGCAAAUUUAUACACAUGGCAAACACAGCAAACGAUUUAUUAACAUAACAUAGAUUUCUGUUAAGCACUUAAUUACUGAACUUUAUGAAUUUUUAAUUUAAAUCGGAAUCAUUCCAAGAGUAAAUCUUACUUCCUUGUUUCACUUUUUUUUUAAAUGAAGAUGAUCACUGUUGUGAUAACAUUUAACUAGAUUUUGUUUUCUGAAGAGCACUUCAGCUGUAUGCAUCUCCUGCAUGUUUUUUCCUAGGGCUGGAAAUAACUACCACUUCUGCAUGACUGUGUAAGAACUGAUGUACACGUGUAGUUUUUAGAAUGGGAAGUGAAUUGUCUUGAAGUUUAGAGCAAAGCAUUAUGUUCACUUAGAGCUGGAUCUGGCACAGUAUCACGUACUGGUCUCUAGUAAAGCACUUAAGCAUUUGCUUAAAUGUAAGCAUAUGUUAUCCCAUUGGGUCAACAGCUUGAUUUAACACUCAAUAAAAAAUAAUACUUCCUACCUGAGGGGCCUUUAUUCACCUUUUGUUGAUAAAAAUGGCCUUUGUUUAAUCUGGGAAAUGAUUAUUAAUUGUCCACAUCUGAAAUGGGGAUUCCUUCAUGGAAAGCCAACCAUGGCACAGGGGAGCCCAUGACCAAGCAGGACCUCUGUGGGGCCAGGAGCAGGUCCAAGCAUAGAAGGGUUGUGGUGCUGAGCUGAAUCUGAGUAAAUUGUCAACCCCCUAGAGCUACUUUUCUAUUAAAUCCAAAGAGAGUUAAUAGUACUUAAUGAUCAUUACAAAUACAGCAUGAAGAAAGCAUGUUCUCGCCCGUUAAUCACAAAAAUAUUUUCAGACAGCUUCAAAUAAAAAAUAUUUUCUCAACAAUUGCUGUUAUGCUUUUAAUGAACUAUGAUGACAUUGUACAACUACAGUGAUCUGAAUAUUCUUACAAGUUUAUCAGCACUUGGAUUCAGGAAAGCUUGUAUUGCAGUUCAUUCGAGAAUAUGUUCUUCAGAUACACUGUUGAGGGGUAUUUUUGUUAUGAAAAUGUUUGGCAUAAGGCAAACCAGAAGGAAAUUAUUUAAGAUCAUUCUUGUAAUGACAGCAGCAGGAGGUAGAGCAGGUGCUGCAGAAUCAUGCCCAGUUAGCAGUUAUUUAAACUACGAGCUCCGGAAUAGGGAAAAGGUUGCAAACAGUGUUAUAAGCAUAUUCUACAGCUAAGUUCAUAUUUUCAUCUGGACUUGGAAAGGUGUGCGUAUAUUCACUUACUGCAUUGUUUUUCCUUCUUCAUGUAAAUUGUAUUCACUUGGCUUCAUCCAAGUUUAUGUACUUGUAAAAAAAAUAUACAAGUUUUGUAGCACUGUCUGAUCAUAUGCUGUUAACAGACAUUUUGUCAUUUUGUUGUGCUUCUCUAAGAGGUAUAACAAAUUACUGGAAUACUUGUCUUUUAAUUAAAACAUGGCGUUAAGAAGAUAAUGUUACACAAACACUGAGCUAGACUGGCGCCCGUGUUCUUCCAGCUGCUCGACUGUACUAGGAUGCCUGAGCUCUGAGCUGCCAACAGAGGUGCUGCUGCCUGACCUCAGCCUCUUCCAAAAUCUAACUAUGGGUUAAAGACUAAGUCUUAUUCAAGUAAAAAGAAAAUAACCACUUUUGAUACUAAAAUGCUUUAAAAGGCCACAAUGAUGGUGUCUAGAAGUAAAACACAGAAGCAAACCUUAAAUAUGCAGUACUGCAACUUUAACCCUUCAGUCCAUUCAGAUUUAUUCCAGAUUCUUGGUAUCAUAAAUAUAGAAACUGAUGAUGUCCCAGCACAAAUGAAAGCAAGUUAUUUCAAAAGGUUAUGUUUGCAGAAAAAUUGUUUUGUUUUAAAAUUCCCACGAAGCAGGAGAUGCCCCCGAGUCAUCUAAUACUUCAAGUAGGGCUGGACUUCCUCAUAGCUUUUGUUGAGGGGACUCCUGUGAAUGUUAUUAAAGGCCAUCAGUAGUUGAAGCUCAAGAAUGCAUUGCUUCUGGGCAGCCAAAUUCCUUGGGCUCAGUAGGCCUGUCUGGUGUGGGCCUGAAUGUCGCAUUUCUGAAAGAGCAAUAGCUUGCUUUUGGCGGGGUUAAGAUCACAGGUAAGGCAGUGCUAAAGGAGAGGUGUGGAGACAGCACCAAGUCCUCACCUGCUCUUCCUGGGCUUACCUGUGGUGUCUGAGGAUGGGGCUGCAGUGAGACUCCAGGCAGUGCCAGUGGAGGAGGCAGCAGAGCUGCAGGACAUGUCUGGUGACACUGCCUUUGGCUCAUGCAGGGCUGCGACAACACCCGUGUGGGGACAGGCAGCCCCACACAGAUCAGGGUUAUGGUGGAACAAGGCAGCAGCCCAACCAGUGGCCCAUCCUCCCUCCCUCCUCUCUGGCACAGCCCAUUCCUCCUCCAAAUGCAAGGACAGAGCUGGCUUGGGAAAGGUAGGAUAGACCAUGGCAUAGCAGCUAAGAGAACAGGAAGGCCUGACGCUCUGGGAGAUCUUAGGAUAUUUUACUUCACAUCCUAAUAGAAAUAAGAACACUCUUUUAUCUGAACUCCACUUGGAAAUCUGUAGAAGCAGAGCAAUAUGUGGUGGCUAAACAACAGAAUUACUAUAAUCAAAUGAUACUGUAAAACAGCAAAACUUAGUAAAUGUGGUCUCAUACAAAAAAAUGUACUCCUUUUAUAAAAAAAAAAGUCACGUAAACCUGCUGAAAUAAUGUUAAGGAGCUAAAAUUAUACUACAUAGAACAAAAGACCCUGCAUCCUUUAUGUAAACACAAGUAUUUCUAGUGCUCAAUUCCUAUCCCCUAUCAGAAACCAUGUUAAUUUUUUCAGUUUUAUUUACCAACUGUUCCUGUUGGUAGUCUCCAUUUUCUUAACCAAUGAGUUGCUGUUAAUUCCAAAGCGUUUUCCACAGCCAGUCAGAAAGAAGACUGUAUGUUCCAUGUACUAGUGAUUGUUUAAUUUCUUGCUAGCAGAAUUUUUAGCUACUGUUCUUUAACACACCAUUCCUGUCCCUGUAAUUAUAUUUUCUGUAAAAUACUGGAAAAUGAGCUGUGAAAUCAAACACUUCUACACACAGAAAGUAAUAGGGGAACAACAACAAAUACAGUAAAACUUGCUCUAACUUUUGACUAUUUAUUUGUAAAAAAAAAAAAGCAACUGUGGUAACAUUUCACAGGAUAGUUUGCUAUGUGGUUUGGUUUUGUUGUUUGGUGGUUUUUUUCCCCCCCUCUUCUUUCUGGAUUGAAAUAUAGGCUAAGCAGCACUGCUUUUAUAUAUUUGGGCUCAUUUCAUGCCCAGUGUUUCUAAGAGCCUAGCUCUAGGACUGACACUUGCUUCAGUGUCAUCCUUUCUGUAUUUAAUCACUAUUAGCUAGAGCCUAAGUAAUGAAACUCUGUAAAGUCUGGUAUUUAUUAUUGUUGUGUCCAACUACUUUUCAUCUUCAUUUACUUUAUAAACAUUUAAUAGGCAAGAAAAUUCCUUAUGGAUUUUAAUUGAAAGCCUUAUUGGAGAUUGUUGGACU